UAGAUUUCGCCCGCGCUGCGCUGCCCGGUUGCUGCUCCGCGGCGGCGAACCCUGAGAGCGGGGAGCUGAGAGGCGACGGGGCCGGCGGCGGCGUACCGGAGAGGAAGCCUGCCUGUGUUGGGUCAGCAGACGUGGUGCAGCCGAGCGGAGCCACCAUGGGGACCACGGCCCCAGGCCCCAUUCAUCUGCUGGAGCUCUGUGACCAGAAGCUCAUGGACUUCGUGUGCAACAUGGACAACAAGGACCUGGUGUGGCUGCAGGAGAUUGAGGAGGAGGCCGAGCGCAUGUUCACCAGAGAAUUCAGCAAAGAACCGGAGCUGAUGCCCAAAACACCUUCUCAGAAGAACCGUCGGAAGAAGAGGCGGAUUUCUUACGUUCAGGAUGAAAAUAGAGACCCUGUUAGGAAAAGGCUGUCGCGCAGAAAGACCCGGAGCAGCCUGCGGAGCUCAAGACACCUGCGCAGCAAGGACAAGGUGGAGAAGCUGGCCACGACCGUCGGGGAGAACUGCUCGCCGGUGCUGCGGCGGGUCACCCGCGCCACGGCUGCAGCUUUGGCAGCCACCCGCUCGUCUACCCCAGCGUCUCCCCCAGCGUCCACCAAGAAGCUGGCCAUGCCCAUAGUGGAGAUCUGCGCCAGUGAUUACCGCAAUGCUGAGCAGCACCUACAACAGGGCCUGGCCGUGGUGCAACUGUCUGGGUCUCGGGGCCCGGUCUCCCAGGAUGUCCCGACAUCUGACGAGGAAGCAACACCCAAGAAGGCCGAGGCCGGGAGACUGGAGUUAGUCACAGUGAGCUCCAUGAUGACAACACCCCAGGACCUCAAGAGUCGAAGGGUCGAGGCCGAGCGCUCUGUCUCCAAGCUCAGGAUUGCAAGGGCCUCCCCCGGCUCUCCGGACUCCCGGGACUCACCGUGGCGUGAACGCGUUCUCGCCCCGAUCCUGCCUGAUAACUUCUCCAUGCCCCUGGACUCGCGGGCAGAGACUCAGUCGGUGCGGCGCAGCCCCCUCACCUCUCCCGGUGCCCGUGUGUCGCUGGUCCAGAAGUACUCCCUGGUGGCCAAACAGGAGGGCAGUGUCCGCCGGUCACGCAGGAUUUCCAAGAAAGCCGAACAAGAGCCAGUGGCCUCUGCCCGCAUCAUCUGCCACAGCUACCUGGAGAGGCUCCUGAAUGUUGAGGUGCCCCAGAAAGUCAGCCCCACACAGGAGCCCAGCAAGGAGCCGGAGCCUUUGGAGGUAGUUGAGCUGGAGGUCUCUGGCGAUGAAGAGAAUACCUUGUGUGUACGUAGUGCCACCAAGGUGCCCGUUAGUAUGCCUGGCUCAAAGUAUGGAGCCAGUGGCCAGGACACGUCCUCUGAAAGUAAGCAUGAGGCCACAGCUGACCAAAUGGAUGGGCCCAGAGAGCCACCUCAGAGCGUCAGGAGGAAGCGUAGCUACAAGCAGGCGAUGAGUGAGCUGGACGAGGAGCAGCAUCUGGAGGAAGAGGAGCUGCAGCCCCCCAGGAACAAGACCCCUUCCCCUCCCUGUCCUGCCAGCAAGGUGGUACGGCCCCUCCGGACCUUCCUGCACACAGUGCAGAGGAACCAGAUGCUCAUGACCCCGACCUCGGCCUCCCGCAGCAGCGUCAUGAAAUCCUUCAUCAAGCGCAACACUCCCCUGCGUGUGGACCCCAAGAGCAGCUUCGUCGAGAAGGAGCGGCAGCGUCUGGAGAACCUGCGGCGGAAGGAGGAGGCCGAUCAGCUGCGCAGGCAGAAGGUGGAGGAGGACAAGCGGCGGCGGCUGGAGGAGGUGAAGCUGAAGCGAGAAGAGCGCCUCCGCAAGGUUCUGCAGGCCCGCGAGCGGGUGGAGAGGAUGAAGCAGGAGAAGAAGCAGCAGAUGGAGCAGAAGUUUGCUCAGCUCGAUGAGAAGACCGAGAAGGCCAAAGAGGAGCGGCUGGCUGAGGAGAAAGCCAAGAAGAAGGCAGCAGCCAAGAAGAUGGAGGAGGUGGAGGCCCGCCGGAAGCAGGAGGAGGAGGCCCGCAGGCUGAGAUGGCUGCAGCAGGAGGAGGAGGAGCGGAGACAAGAGCUGCUGCAGAAGAAAAGGAAGGAGGAGGAGGAGCAGGAGCGGCUGCGCAGGGUGGCCGAUGCCAGGCGCCUGGCCGAGCAACGCGAGCAGGAGCGCCGGAGGGAGCAGGAGCGGUUGCAGGCUGAGAGGGAGCUGCAGGAGAGGGAGAAGGCCCUGCAGCUGCAGAAGGAGCAGCUGCAGAGAGAACUGGAGGAGAAAAAGAAGGUGAGGGAACAGCAGCGCCUGGCAGAGCAGAGGCUGCAGGAAGAGCAGGAGAAGAAAGCCAAGGAGGCUGCAGGGGCCAGCAAGGGCCUGAACAUGACCAUGGAUGGGCAGUCUCCAGUCUGUACCUCGUAUCAGAUGACUCCACAGGGGCACAGGGCUCCCCCCAAGAUCAACCCAGAUAACUAUGGGAUGGACCUCAACAGCGACGACUCCACCGAUGACGAGGCGCAUCCCCGGAAGCCCAUUCCCAACUGGGCCCGAGGUACCCAGCUCAGCCAGGCCAUCGUCCACCAGUACUACCACCCUCCGAACCUUCUGGAACUCUUUGGAGUCAUUCUCCCCCUGGACUUGGAGGACAUCUUCAAGAAGAGCAAGCCUCGCUACCACAAGCGCACCAGUUCUGCUGUCUGGAACUCCCCACCCCUGAAGGGCCCCAGGGUCCCUGGCAGCCUGGCCUACAGCCUCAAGAAGCACUGAGGCAGGCUGUGGCCUCCUUGUCAGGCUCCGCUCGCGUCUGUCUGUCUGUCUCUCACUAGGUUUGUCUGCCAGGCUGAGGGCCUUUUUAUGUAGACAUCCUCUGUCUGCCUGGUGAUUAUGUUGCAGGUGCAAGGUGGCCCCAGGCCCGUUGGGAGGAUGGAUGUGGUGGGUGGGUGGGGAAGAACCAAGCCUAGCCCCACGCUCACCCACAGGCGGCACUCUGUAAAUAGGAUGUUAUAGUUUGCUGAGUUUUUGUCUCUAGUGUGUGAGAGCUAGAUUAAUAAAGUGUAUUCCUUCAAGUUUUCCGUGGGUAUCCUCAAGCCUGGGACCUCAGCACCACGCCUGCAGCUGUGGGCCACUCAGGUGGCGGGCGUCAAGAUCUUGAUCCCCCCGCGGAGGUAACUGACCAGGUGGGUCAUCCUGGUGCUGGAUACUCCGAGAAACACGCCAAAUCCUUUCUCCAUGGGACAGGUGAAGGUGCUUCCUGUCUUCCUGGGUGCUCCUAGUCUGUAAGGGCGAGUGUGUCCAUUGGGAGAGUCGGGUCUCUACAGCUGUGUCAGUUCUCAGGAGCCAGGCUUGCUGGGUGGCCAAUGAACCUGACACAGCCUGUGCAUUGCUGAGGCAUGGGCCGUGCUUGGAGAAGAGGGGACAUGUCCGUCAAAGCCAUCUUGGGACCAGUGCUUGUAAGCAGUGAGGUAUUUCCAAGCAAGGCAGGUAGCUGUUAACAACGCUUCUUGCCGAUCAAGGCUGGCCCUGGUCCUGCCUGCCAGCUGCCUGCUGCGUUCUAAAUGAUUGGUCAGCUGGCCAGCCUGUGCAAGAGGGGUCAGCAAGUCAGAGUCCCCGGGCCAAAGCAGGCUGCAUCCAGCUGUGGAAGCUCUUUGGAACGCAUUUGUAUUAGAAAUCCCUGUUCUAUCUAUUGCCCCCAAUUGCCCUGCUUUGAUUGCAGUGGAGUCAUGCAGCUGAGGCCGUGUAGCCUGGAAACUUAACAUUUGGGAUCUGAACCUGGACAGAAUUUAGGACAAAAUAAAGGCUAAGCACCCAAUGCUUU